UCAUAUAUCCGCUAGUUAAGAAUACAUUUAGUCGACCCGCGGCUUGCAAUAGAGCAACCCGAUUGUAACUGUGAAAAUGAAUACGGAAAUUUCCAAUGGCGGUACAAAAUACACGGAAAUAGACAAGUGGGGUUAUGUAGUUUGUUUUGGCACUGUUAUCAUUUUUAUCGCGGGCAUUGGGCACGUGAACUCAUUCGGGUUGUUAUACAAAGAUUUUAUCGUGGAAACAAAUUCCAGUGCCAAAUCUCUAACGACUGCGCACGGAGUUUUCUCAAUUAUGUUAGCUAUUGGAGGCUUAACUCUCAAUGUGAUAACAAAAAGAUACUCCUUGAGAUUAGGAGGCUUUGUAGGAGCCGUAAUUAUGUCGACUGGCUCCUUUGUAACAGUUUUUAUAUCAAGCACGAACCAAUUGCCCUUCACAUUUGGAGUGCUACAAGGAGUUGGUUUCGGAAUGAUCGUCCCCGUUUGUUAUUCCACUUUCAAUCAAUACUUCGUAAGGAAAAGAACUCAAGUAAUGAGCUUGAUAAAAGCUGCCCAAGGAGUUAUAUUGAUAUUCUAUCCACAACUUCUAAAAGAAUUAUUAUCGUGUUAUGGAUUCAGAUCAACACUGCUGCUUAUAAGCGGGAUAUCUUUGCACACAUUUCCCGGUGUAUUCGCUAUGAAGUUUUUCAGGAAGACAAACAAAAAUAGAACAGCAAACAUAGUGUCACUAGAAAAUGGGCCAACUGAUCGGGAAACUGUUGAUUUGCUUAACAAAAAUACUAAGCAAUCUGAAAUUAAUGUCACGGUGAAAGAAACUAUGUCCCUUACCAUGUUCGGGCACGACAUAUUAGAAAUGUUAAACGUAAAGAUACUCAAGGACCCAGUGUUUUGUAACAUUUGCAUUGGUCAGAGCUUCGUGAAUUUCUCUGAUAUCAUUUUCUUCGUUUUUCAACCAAUGCUUCUCUAUCAGUAUGGAUUAAGUACAAAUCAAGUAGCAGCAUGUAUUUCUAUCAGCGCCGGUGCGGACGUCGCGGGCCGUUUUGGACUGGCCUUCAUAAGCAGCAUAGUUCCAAUCAACAUAAGAUCGUUGUUCUACGUGGCAACAGCUUUCACCCUAGUAGCGAGAAUAGUGAUACUCCAAGUUCGUCACUUUGUAUGGCUGGCAGUGAUCACCAGUGUGCUCGGAGUUCUUCGUGCCUGGCUCCACGUGGCCAGUCCUCUCGUCAUAUCUCAGCACGUGACACAUGAGGCUUUCACCGGCGCAUAUGCACUGUUUAUGCUCUCCACUGGUCUUGUUAAUAUCAUCUUCUCUCCCAUUAUUGGUUUGAUAAGAGAUGUCUACCAAGACUAUAUCCCAGCCUUUUACGCGUUGUCAGCUUGCUGUUUGCCGUGUCUAUGCCUAUGGCCUGCCGAGUAUUAUAUUUUAAAGAAAUAAAUUAAAAAAUAGAUUUUUAAUCCUAA